GCGCCACCAGCAAGUCAAAUUUGCCCUUUUGCCCGCGGCGGUUAUCCAACCCCGUUCCACUGGCCACCCAGCAGCCAGGCCAUGUCAUCAGAGCGCUUCUUCCAUCGCGUCACCUCAGCGUUUGAUGCCAUCUUCCAAGAACGCGUAGCAGCCCGAACUCAGCCAACGGCGUCACAAGCAGCGAUCAGAGCGAACCCUGUGCAAGAGGCUGGCUCCAUUGUGGACAAGAACCGUUGCUUUACCAAAGAUGAACCAGUUGUGGACGCCAAAGGUAGUCACGCCUCAACGACAAAGGGCAGCGACGACAAGGAGGAGAAGAGGGGAAAGAAGAAGAAGAAGAAGAAGAAACGAAAGGACCCGAAGGUUCAAUUGGAGUCACACGAGGACACAAACAGUGGUGAUGCGAAGAAGGAAAGUGAGCAGCAGGACAACGAGCAGCAGGAUACUCAGUUUGUAGCACAAGAGGAAGCGUUGCCGACGAGCGAACGGCCGCUCUUGGAGUUACUUGAAGGUCGUGCCACCUACAUUCUCAUCGCUCAACGACCGUCAGCCAUCAAGUCCACUGCAACUGCACGACAGAUCAAGUUGACGGACCUCUGGCGGCGCGCCACCAAAGCAUCCUUUCUCGCACGCCCAAGGAAGGGAAAGGGCGCUGUGCUGUUGCGGCGUAACCUCCGGCGGAGCGCCGCCUAUCAGCAUGGAGAGGAAGGCAUACCAGAUACGUGCCACGGCGUUGUUGUGCGGCCGCAAGACUGUGGGCAAUUUACGCUUGAGGCGAUGGUGAGGGCGAAUGAGAAGCUGCAUCGGCAGUGGGAGGCGGAGUACACGCGAGCAGAGCAGGUGCUGAAGCGAACAAAGGGGAUGCAUGGAGAGCAGCGUGGCACGCGGGGCACAGUCGCGUCAAUACAGCCGCAGACACAGCAGACACCGACACAGCACGGAGACAAGCAGAAUAGCGCGAAGGUGAAGAAGACGAAGAAGGCGAAGAGGACCACGAAGAAGAUAAAGAAGGGAACACAGGCAGGAAACAGAUACACGCAGCACCACCAAUAG